AUGAUUGCGUUACAAAACCAAGCUAUCCUGCCUCCCGCCAAAGUGGAUAUCUCACUGCUGUUGAAGCCCCAAGAUGAGGAGGCCGCCACACCGGUGACCACUACGUCCACCUUUCCACCAAACCCAAUCCCUCCGGCUCCAAUGGCUCCGGCAAUUCCUGUUGUUGCCUCGGCAUCGGUGCCUUCUAUACCUCUCACAAAAGGCCCCUCAUCGCUUCCUGCUAAGCGUCUUCAACCCGCUCAUACAGCAGAAUCCCCGGCGAAAAAGCAGUCAAAGUGGUCUCCUGAAGAGGACGCUUUGAUCAUCGAGUUACGUGGGAGUGGCAUGAAGUGGGAGGACAUUAGCAAACGACUUCCUGGACGAAGUGCUAUUAGUUGCCGCCUUCAUUAUCAGAACUAUCUAGAGCGCCGAAGUGAGUGGGAUGAAGACAAGAAGAAUAAACUCGCAAGAUUAUACGAAAGGCAAGUUAUUCAAAGCAGAUAUGUGGUCCAAAGUAGCGGAAGAGAUGGCAAUCCCGUGGCGAGCUGCAGAAGCUAUGCACUGGCAGCUAGGAGAGCAAGAAAUGGCGCGCCGAGCUGGCGUAGUACCCUUUUCGUUAUCAAGUUCAGCUAUAGACCCGCCAACACCUCGGGCACGAAGAACUAG